AUGGACUUUGGGCAUCGCUGGUCGCCUUCCAUCGUUCGUAGAUUUCUUUUGGUUAUCAUUCUCGUUUGUGCCCCGGUAGCCCAUUGUUCGCAGACGGUCGCUGCUCCCAACAAUGAAAAGAAUGGCUUUAACCUUCGUCGAGACGGGAAUCUGACCGAUCCAGGUCUCAACCACACCAGUGCACAGAUGUCUUUUCCCCUUGCUUCUUCGACUUCUAUUAUCAUAAGCGCCGUAGAGUCUUCCAGCUUGUCGAGUAGUUUGCCAACCAGCUCUGCGCCCUACACCUACAGCUAUGUCGUCGAGUACUUCAACGUCAUUGACAUCUCGAUCCGCUUCCGCCUCUUUGCGUCCACCGUUGUCAGUGGCCGAUAUCCUAUCCACGCAUUCCAAAGCAAGUUCUUCGAGCGCACAAUCUUCCCGAGCACGACGCCACCAAUCCCUGAGACAAUGACCCCACCACCUACUCAACCUAUAACCAUAUCAGCAUCCACACCUUCAAUUUUCUCUGAUGUUAACCCUGUCACCUCUCCAUACAUUUAUCCUUCUCCUGAUCCUACAUCUGAGGCAAUAAUACCAUCGAGUAACUCCGCCGCCAUAAGCACUACCUCCUUUUGGCACAAGAAAGGAGCCGUCGCUGCAGUCUUUCUUUUUAUAUCUCUCAUUGGUGUGGCAAUCAUUGCUCUUGUUGUCGUAUACUACGUGAAGAAACGCAACAACCGCAAACACGCCCGGCUGGAUGAAGAACUCUUUGAGAAGUACUCAGAGCCUGGCCACAGAAGCAACUCUCCUGGACUGAGUAUUAAUGGCACUCCUAUGGACGCGUUUGCUACGAGCGGAAUUCAAUAUAACAAUCAUUUCACCAGCGAAGAUCACCAAACCCCCUUGGCAACUCCUACAGCCUCGCAAUCUUCGUUUCCCAUACAGCAUCCCGAUUAUUACAAUCCUCAUCCUGUCCGAUACCUUGCACCGUCGCAAUUUCAACCUUCAGUGAAGAAGCAGGGUCAACCUCAUGCACAUUCUGAUUCCCGUGCUUCUUAUCAACCAUCGGUUGAUUCAUUCUAUGGUGCUGCCAGUCAACCGCUAGGAUACCAUGUGUAG